AUGGAUCUUGCGGGUGAAACUGGAACGAGCUCGAGGCAGGGGCGCUUCGAGGACUAUCAACGAAUGAGUACCUCGCUGCAGAACUUGGCCACCGAUCAACCAGACCAUCAUCAUAGAACAAGCAUGAUGUCCAUCCAGGAGGAGCUGGAUCAGCUGGGACUGAACAACGAGCAUCAGCAAUCGGCCCCACCGUACCCGCAGGUCAUCUUCGGCGAUGAGUACCAUCAUCAGCAGGCCGCCAACACGGACCUCAGUCCGGACUACAUGCACCAUCAUCAUCCAGCGAUGUGUGCGAACGGUUGGCCCCAGCUACCGAUGGGUAUGGUGGCGGCCGGUGGUCCCGGCGUCGGUCCGGUAGGCGUCGGUAUCGGUGGUGUCGGUGUCGGCAUGUCCAACAAACCCGCGACGUCCGGUUGGAUGGAUGGGUUGUUCGGCUGCAUGCGACCGGUACUGUCGCUGAUCGGCAAAAGCCACAUUAUGGAGAUGAAGAACAAACAGACUGAGGACUGGGAGAUUUCGUACGAAACGAUCACGGAUAUGGUGUGGUUGGGCAGCGGGGCCCAGGGUGCCGUGUUCCGUGGCAAGCUGCGCAACGAGCUGGUGGCGGUCAAGAAGGUCCACGAGCUGAAGGAAACGGAUAUCAGGCAUCUGCGCAAGCUGGAUCACGAGAACAUCGUGAAAUUCAAAGGAGUGUGCACCCAGGCGCCAGCAUUCUGCAUCAUCAUGGAGUACUGUCCGCACGGUUCGCUGCAAAAGAAGCUGCAGGACAGCGGUGGAAUCAUAUCGCCCCAACAGCUCGUAUCCUGGUCGCAACAGAUCGCGCUCGGCAUGCAGUACCUGCACACGCACAAGAUCAUCCAUCGAGAUCUGAAAAGUCCCAAUAUUCUAAUCGGUGAAAAUGAGGUGAUCAAGAUCAGUGACUUUGGUACGUCGCGCGAAUGGAACGAGAUCAGCACGAAGAUGAGUUUCGCCGGUACGGUGGCAUGGAUGGCACCGGAAGUGAUCCGCAACUGGCCAUGCAAUGAAAAGGUCGACAUCUGGUCGUACGGUGUGGUGCUGUGGGAGCUGCUUACCGGUGAGGUCCCGUACAAGAAUGUCGACUCGUCGCAAAUUCUGUACGGUGUCGGUAGCUAUAUGCUGCACCUGCCAAUACCGGACACGUGUCCGGAGGGAUUCAAGCUGCUGAUCAAACAGUGCUGGAGCACGAAGCCCCGGAAUCGGCCCUCGUUCAAGAUCAUCCUGACGCAUCUGGACAUUGCGGGGCGAGAGUUGUUGGCGCUGUGCGAGAAGGAACAGUACGAGGCGUACUAUCAAUCGCAGCGCUCCUGGCGCGAGGAAAUCCGUGGCCAGAUGCAAAAGAUAACGAGCACCGGCAUUGACUUCCAGAAGUUCGAACAGGAGCUGAUACAGAAGCGGAAGGACGAAUGGAAACACGCGCAGCAUAUACGGAUGACGUACGAAAGGAAGCUGGAACGGACGAAUAUGCUAUGUCUGCAGCUGUCCACGUUCGUCGCACUGUUGGAGCAGAAGGAGCAGGAAAUUCUUAAGCGCGAAAAACAACUUGCACCAGAGCAACGGAAAUGUGGCUUCCUCAAACGUGGUUCGGACAAAACGAAUCGCAAACGACCUUUCAGCUUUCCCUCGAUGGCUGCUUUGCCCGGUCGUGCUUACGGUGAAUCAACGACCCCGAGUCCAACGGCGGCUGGUGUAACACCGGCGAAAGCAACGCUAUACGCUGAGCUAAACCCUUCCGGCCACCAGGGUGCAAGGUCGGUCGUUGUAACAGCAGCACCACCGCCACCGUACAGUACACUAACGCCGCUCCAGCAAGCAUCAGCUACGCCUGCAAUUGCCACCAUCAAUCCGGACACGACACCACUCCCGUCACCGAUGGCGCCAACGACAACCUCUUCUGGCAGGGUAAAAAAGCUACGCCAUCGGCGUGUUGGUUCGGGAACGAUAAACUGUAGCCCAAAGUGCAGCCCAUGCCGGGACCGGCGAGUACAGAGUGAACCGGAAUCGCGCCACGUGAAGCUUGUGGACACGGAAACGCAAACCGAACCGAUGGACAUCAGUGAGCCGGAUGUGAGUCCGAGCCCGAACGUGGCCACCAAGCGUAUGUCGGCAAGUUUGCGCGAAGAGGAGGAGGAGGAGAAGGUGGAGACUGAGGUGAUUGAAGAGGCGUUGAAACGGUUAAGUGUUAGCGAGCGGCUCGCUGGGGAACGCCUUCCGGUGGAAACGCGCGCCAGUGCGUACCGAUGUAGCAGCAAGCCCCAGUCGGAAGACGACGGUGAAGUGCCUGAGGAUGAGGAGAACGGUAAUUCGAUUUCGAUCUCGACGAUGACGAACAGCCGCAGCAGUGACAUGAUGACGACGAGUGGCGGUGGUGUCCCGGUGACCGGUUCCGAACAGAACUACCGAUAUAUGCGGCGGCAGCAGAGUGCGCAGCACCAGCCGCAAGAGAACCUGCAGGAGGAGGAAGCCGACGGUGAUGUGGAGGAGUAUGACGAUGAGCGGGAAGAUUCGAGCCCCGAUCCGAUAAUGGACGCUAUGAAUCGUAACGAGCGGUUCGACCGGGUUUGCAGCGAUGACGACAAGAUCGAUACGCUCGAUCGGAAGGUGAACAUCAUCUCGGAGAAGCUGCAGCAGAGUGCCGCGUACGGGAAUCUCCUUAACGACAACAACGUCAUCGUGUACCGGGCUGCCAUGAAGCAACCAAACCGCGACGGUGGAAAAACGAUACUGCUGAAGCAUCCGGCUGCAGGAAGCAAUUUAAAACCGGCCGGUGCCGUUGGUGCCGGGAUCGGUGCGUACCUGUAUAGUGGUCCGCAUGCCGGUGGUCUAGUGGCGUCACCGGUAGGUGAUGUGAAGAUCCACGGCGAGAUAGUGGACCAUGAGCCAAAGGAGGAGGAAAGCUGGACCGAUGAGGAGGGUGAAGAACCGGACCAGAACACAUACUAUGUGCUACGCCGUAAGAGUAUUGGUCGUCUUCCAAUAAAGCGUGGUCGAAGGAUGAAGCACUCUGUUGGUUCGGGUCCAUCGGUACCGCACCAUCCGGCACCUGCUGGCGGAGCUGAUCACCUAGUGAUCGUGCAUCGGAAGAUCCACUCGAACCUGACGAUCUCGGAUGAGGAGAACACGUCAGAGUAUAGUCACGCACCCUCGAGCCAGCGAUCGACGCUCGAAUCCAAUCCGGAUCUACCGUCGGUCGUGCUGAUGAAAUCCGGUCGACGCGUGGAUCGUAUCGUGCAGCAGCAACCGAUGCAUAAGAGCACCACUUCCGCAAAGGAUACCGACGAUGACGAUGGGGACGACGAUGAUGACGAUGCCGAUGACGAUGGCAACGUGCCGGACAGUGAUCUCGAGCAGGACUCUAGCGAUAGUAGCUCGGACGAGGUGGGCCGGGUCGCUCGGCAACCGGUGGCGGAUGUCGUCAACGGCAAUCGGCUGUAA